AUGGCUAAGGAAAGGACCGAGAAGAAGGACAAGCGCGAGAAGAAGGAGAAGCGCGCGGAGAAGGACGGCGUCUCCAAGACCAGCAAGAAGGAGAAGAAGGAGAAGAAGGACAAGGUCGCCCUCGCCGACGCGGUCGAGAAGGAGCUCACUACUAAGGUUCUCGAUGGCAUUGACCAGGCUGCCACUGAGGCUCCUGUCAAUGGCGCUGAGGCCGAGCACAUGGACGUCGACAGCCGCCCCGUUGGCGCCAUUGUUCCUUUUGCCAGCCCUCUGGUGGAAGACAAGUCUGCCAAGAAGGUCCUGAAGAGCGUCAAGAAGGCUGCCGUCAACAAGUGCCUGAAGCGCGGUGUCAAGGAGGUUGUCAAGGCUCUCCGCAACAUCGGUGUUCCCAACGGUGUCGUCAUUCUCGCCGCCGAUAUCUCGCCGAUGGACGUUAUCUCGCACAUCCCUGUCCUGUGCGAGGACCACGGUAUCCCCUACGUCUUCGUCACAUCCCGAGCUGAGCUCGGCAACUCCGCCGCCACGAAACGCCCCACCAGUGUUGUGAUGGUCGUGCCCAAGUCGGCUUCCAAGGGCAAGAAGAAGGACGGUGAGGAUGAUGGAGAGGACUUCACCGAGGUGUUUGAGGAAUUGGCCAAGCUCGCCCAGAAGGAGGCCAAGAAGGUGAACCUGUGA